CCGCCGUCCUUGGCCUCCAGGUGGGGCGGGCGCGAGGACCCCCAGGUGGGCGCCGGCUGCCUGGCUCCUGGGCGGCCCACCUGCCCCACUCCCACCCCGGGGCCGCGUCCCGCUGUGUUGUCCAGGCGUCGGGGCCUAAGGGAGGCGCCCGCAGCCCUACCCCUUCUGCGCUGCAGGUGACGCCCCAGCCGGCCCGGGGCCGGCCCUGGCUUUGGGGGCAGGAGGAGUGGGGGUGUGGGGGUGCAGGUGUGGCCGUCUUGCCCGGCCUCGAGCAGGUCGCGCGGAUAGGGGACAGGCGGAUUAUUGACGUCGCGGGGGAGACCGUUAGGCACCCAGCUGCCGGGAGGUACGGCGCUGUUAGCUUCCUUGGCCUUUCUGGAGACCCUCCUGGGGGGAAAUUCAGCUGGGAAUAAGCCGGGAUAGGAGGAUUGUGGUUUCCUGGAAGGCUGCUGGAAAGAAAACUCCCAAGGACCCGGCCCUGCACUUUCCAGAGUCGGCAGCCAUCCAUUCCUGAGCCAUGUCCUCGGGUGGAACCAAACUGUAGCUCUCCUGUGCUGUUAGCUGCGGGGCCUUAGAAUGAAUUGUUCCAACCCCAGCUUCCCCCCGGUUAAGUGACAUAAUUUGGGCAUGAAUUGGACAGGCAGAGAUGAGAGGUUUUCUGGCUUGGAAACCUGCGUCACUUUGACAUCUGAGAGCUCCAGAUGGACUGAUGAAACAGAGAUUUCCAAGAUGUCCCAAAGACACCCAGGCCAAGCUACCCUUGGAGCAGGAAACGAUUCCAACUCUCCCAGGGUCCACUUGGAGUACCCCAAGCCCAGAGAUUUGCCUCUUGUGUCUUCAUUUCAAGAUGGUGGCUAUGAAGAGCUGUUGCAAACUUGCAGCUUCCGCUUCUGCUGCACAGACAAAGAAUCCAGGGGGAAGAAAGAGAAAGACCCAGUGUUACUGCAUGAGCACUCUGCCACUGCAAGCCUCGGCUUAGCCCAUCCUUUGGAGUCUCCUCCUCAAAGGAAGACAUGUGUGUACCCGGGGAGGGAAAGGGUUACAUCCCCAGAGAUUUGCGAAACACCCAAAGUCCGUGGGAAAAAGCACUUGCUGCGGAGACGGUUGAAUGUGGCCUUCUCUCUCCUCCAGGGAGACUCGGAGUCCCAGAAUCAUUGUCUAGAAAGCAGCGUGAGCCAGGCGCCCACCUUGGAGAAGCCUAGCACGAGCAGUGCCCCCAGCUCCCCCAGGCAAGCUAAGUGUAGCCCUCUGGCUAUCCCCAGCGCUAACAAGAGGGAGCCAGUGGCUUCCAGCAGUCAGAACCUGAGGCAAACUUUCUCUCAACAAAAGACUUCCACCAUCGAUGAUGAAGACGCCAAAGACGGCGACUUGGGCCUCUUUGAGGUGGAAUGCAUAUCUCCAAUUCAGGGCAGUCACUUCAAGGACUCUAUCACCCACGACUUCAGUGACAGCAGUUUAAGCGUGGAUGAAAAUACGUGUCCCGAGUUUCUGGGCUCCUCCGGGAGUGGACUCACUUGUGACACAGAGGAGGACAUAUUUGUCACGCCCAUCAGCAAUCUGGUGGCAAGUAUUCAAUUCCACGGGAGCCACACGCUUUCUCCCUCUCCCGAGGUGAGAGUCAGCAUUUCCACGCCCGAAGACAGCGGUUUUAACUCCCUCAGCUUGGACAGGUCCGAAGAUUCCCUGUCUGACCCAGAAGGUUCCUUCCAAGAGCUGCUACAGAAGCACAAGGGAGCUCUUAAAUCCAGGGACGCCAUCAGGAAGUCGAGGCGUCUCGGGAGGUCGAGAAGGCUGUCCACCCUCCGCGAGCAAAGUUCGCAGUCGGAGACGGAAGAGGAAAAGCAGGUGGUCCAUUCCAGCUCCGCUGCGAGGCCGGUGGCCACUCCCGACACCUCGGAGACCGAGAGCCAGCAGGGCAGCGUCGGGAAGGCUGGGGAGUGGAGUUUAAGCCUUAGAGAUCUGUCAAAGACCCCAGCCUUGCAGUUGGUCCAUGAGCUCUUCUCGACAAGCAAAAGGAAAAGAUUCCAGCCAAACGGUGCCCAGGAAUUCUUGGAAGAAAGGGAUGGGGAUAAAAUAGCUGUGCUGAAGUGUGUUCUUGCGGGGCUAAUUGGCAAGAAAAUGGGGCUAGAAAAGCUGGACAUCUUAACGGAGUUAAACUAUAGAAAUUUAAAGCAUAUUCUUGCUAUGGUUUUAGACUCCUUGACUGCAGAGAGCCUAUGCAGUGUUUGGAAAGUCAGCAGAAAUUGGCGUGAAAUUGUCAUUCAAGAUAAGAAAGCAUACCGGAGAAGAAAAUGUUAUAUCACACAACUGAAAACAAAUUCUGAGCAGGCCGUGCUAAACGUGGAGGAUGCUGCCACGCGGGCCCAUCUUCUCAGUCGCUCUGCUCUAAGAUCUGUGCAAGCGCAGGCUAGGACGCCCAGCACUCAGAAGGAGCAAGUUCCCAGCUCAUCCCCGUGGGGAGAAGUCUUGACACCCCUAGCAAGCUCUUCUGUCACUCACCCAAGCAGUAAGCAGGAGGAAUACGUGAAGGUUGCCAAGACACUUUUCACCGAUGAAGCAUUGAAACCCUGCCCAAGGUGCCAGUCCCCCGCCAAGUACCAGCCCUAUAAGAGGAGGGGACUGUGUAGCCGCCUGGCCUGUGGCUUUGACUUUUGUGCGCUGUGUUUGUGUGCUUACCAUGGGUCUGAAGAGUGCAGCCGGGGCACAACGAAGGGAAGGCACAGAAAAGAUGCUCUCCCAGGGAGCGCCCAGAGCAAGAAGAACCUCAAACGCCUCUAAGGAGACUUCACGGAGAAGCAGCACACCCAGCACAAUGGUGUAUCUUCCCGACUGAAAAAAUUAUGACUAUUUUAAACACAUACAAAUGUUCCCAUUAAUGACAGAUGCUGAUCAAUUUUCCUGUUUUGUAUAUAUCUAAUCUACUUUAGGCUUAAAUGAUUAAUUUUUGGAAAUUUUCUAUUUUACUAGCUGUUUUGUUAACUUAUUUUAAUAUCUUGGUAUUUUAAAUAAAGAGUUUUCAGUGUUCUCAAA